GAGAGCUGGUAAUUGGCAUUCCUCAGAGGGGACAUCUACACUGAUCAUCAGGGCACUGAUGAUCAGUGUGUCCUUAUUGUCAGUGUCCAUGUGCCAGCUGUCAGUGCUCAUCAAUGCCACCUGCCAGUGUCAGUGCCACACCAAUGCCACAUAUCAGUGCCCAUCUGAGCUGCCUUUCUGUGCACCUAUCAGUGCCAGUCAGUGCCGCCUAUCAGUGCCUGUCAGUGCUGCCUAACAGUGCCAGUCAGUGCCACCUAACAGUGUCAGUCAGUGAUGCCACCUAUCAAUGCCACCUAUCAGUGCCAUAUAUGAGU